GAAGCUGCGACAAACACAAAUGAGAUUCAAAUACUUGGUCCACUCCACUCUUCAUUCCGUUGUUUAGAACAUGCCACUUCGCAAACAUGGCGAUAGGCCUAGUGCAAGGUGACUAAGUAACAUGGCACAGGCGCAAGCACAAGAUGUCAUCCGCUGUCAGUAUUGUGAAGACGAGCCCGCUCUCUUCCAAUGUCUUCCUUGUGGGGAUGAACUUUGCUCCAAAUGUAAAGUCUUCCAUCUUAAAAGCAAAGUUCCCUCUGGACAUAAAAUCAUUUCUUUCUCAGAGAGUCUUGAUCCAUCCAAUAUGAUAAAGAUGUGUGAAAAACACCCAACAAAACCGUACGAGGUUUGCUGUGAAGAUUGCCAAGUCCCUGUCUGUAUAAUCUGCAUUGAGGAAACCCAUGGAAAACACACCAUAGGAAAGAUGAAGAACCUGUAUGAAGAGCAGAAGACAAGCAUGGUGAAAGAACUACAUCAACUGAAGAACCAGUUCAAAUUGCAAGUCACCCAAACUCUGGCAGAAGCAAAAUCUGGGAAAUCCAAGUUAAAGAAAAGCCAUGAGAAGGUGAGGUCAAGAAUGAGUGAAGAAGCGAAACAACUCAUCGACCAAAUUACUGCCAUGUUGAACAAAACCCUCCAAGAAUCCAAAGAUGACGAGGAAAAAGAGGAAGCUGAGAUAUCGAAAUAUGAGACAAAAUUGGAAGUGUUCCAACAACAGCUCGAGAAGAUCAUUGAGAAAUACGAAAAUCUCACACAAAAUGGCCAUCCAGCGGAUUUAAUCUUGUACCGGAAGCAAAGUCCACACACAGUUAAGAAUUUAACGCUUCCUGACAGAAUUGAAAUAACACCCCUCUCUUUUAAAUCUAGGAAAUUGCAGGAUAUGACACAAUUCGGGGAUCUUCUCAAGACAAAGAUAAGAUAUCAGAAAGUGGGAAUACCUGCUAUCACAGAUGACGGAGAUCAGUCAUGGAAACCAGAACAAACAAACAAAAAGCUGCUUGUAAAACCAGAGUUGUUACAUAAGGUAGAUAUCAAGAACAAAAGUAAUGAAUUAUACCAUGUGGAGUGCGUUGAUGAAACAAAAGCUUAUGUUAGUGGAAGUGGUCCUGGUAUACUCUUGAUUGACACUUUAGGAAAAGAGCUUGAAAACGUCAUCACUGAGGUUCAACCUCGGGGUCUUGCUGUAAUGUUUGAUGACAGUUUGAUAUUUUCCACUGGAAGUAAAGGAACCAUCCUUAAAGUAUCUCAUGAUAAAAAGAUGUCGACGUUUGUGAAGGACAAAUAUAAUCUAAGAGGACUGUGUUGUACAAAAUCAGGAGACAUCCUGGCCUGUACAGGCCCUGGUGAUACAGCUAGAGUUGUCCGAUACAGAAGCAGCGGAGAGAAGAUCCAGGAGAUCGUACACAACCACAACGGGAAGAAGCUUUAUAGUUAUCCACGGUUUGUGUGUGAGAACAUAAACGGGGAUGUAUGUGUGGCUGACAGGUCAAAUCCUGAUAAACUGGUAGUGGUCAACAUGGAUGGAGAAUUCCGAUUUAAUUAUCACGGGAAAACUGGGCAUCUAAAAUAUACUUUCUUUACUUCGCUCGAGAUAGCCACUGACAGUCUGGGACACAUCUUGAUCUCGGAUUGUUUGAAUAAUGUCCUGCAUCUAAUCAGUAAGGACGGGGAAUUCAUCUCUUUCCUUUUAACACAGGAUGUUCUCCGUCCACGUGGACUAUCCAUCGACAAGUCGGACAACCUGUGGAUUGGGGAAUGGGAAAACUCUUGUGUCAAAAUGAAAAUAUACAAGUUUUUAAGCUGAAGAGUUAGAUAUAACAAAAUCUCAACAGACGUUAGUUGUAGCAUCCGGGACAUUUUUAUAUAUGUUGUGUCUUUAAAUAUCUUAACAAAUUAUAAAGCCAUUUCCUCA